AUGAAAUAAUUAUUCCUAAAUUACAAGCAUAAUAAUAAAAAGAGAAAAAACACUUAUCAAGUAAUAUCUAAAUAGUUAAUAAGAUUCAAUUUAGAAAUGGAGAAAUAGUUUCAACUGAAGGAUUUAUAGAAAAUGAAAAUAAAAUUUAAAGAACCAAUUACAUCUCUUUUCUUCCUUUCAGAGUUAUUAAAGAAAACAUCUUCUACUUUUUACUUCUGAUAUUAUAAGCAUUUUCCUCUGAACCAUUGUAUUUUGUUGCAAUUCCUUUAAUUUUACAAUAAUGGUUUGUUGAUUUCCAUAAUUUUUAAAAAAUACGAAAAAUGGAUUUAAUGUUAAAAUAAUAAGAGGCGAAAAUUAUUAAGUAAUGGGAUGAAUGUAUUAACAAUAAAGAAAUAAUUUCUAAAAUUAAAGAAAAUUUAGAUUAAUAAGAUUAAAGUGAAAGUAAUCAAAGAUUAAAAAGCAAAUCUUAAAUUGAAAAAAAUUCAUAAAAUAAGAAAAACGAGUAUUCUCAAAGUCAAAAGAAAGGAAUAUCUAGAUCAAUUGUUUGUAAUUCAUAUUUCUUAUUCAUUAAUAGCAAAUGAUUCUAUACCAUUUUAAUAAAUUCAAUACAAAUAACAAUAAAGCAAUAGAAAUUUAAAAGUAUCAGAAAAUCUUAAAAAAUACAAUUAAAUGAGUCCCUUAAUAUAUAAAGAUAUGGCUUUAAAAUUAUAAUAAAUAUAAAUAAUGGAAAAUGACCCAUUGAUUAUUUAAUUUAAAUUAAAGGUUCCAAGUAUAUUUCCUAAAGAUUUGGUUUUAACUACUACUAAAAUACCAUUAAAUGAAAAAUUGAAAAAAAUGGAAAAAGAUAAAAUGAAUUUAAUUAAAUCUUUAAAUGCUUAAGAAAUUAAAAUUGGAGAUGUCAUUUUAUUAUAAAGAAAUUAAAUAGCACCAUGUGAUAUUAUUGUUGUACAUUGUAAUGAUGAAAAUUUUUGUGUUUAAUAGCAAUUAUGUGAUUAUUCGUAAUCUACUGUGAGAAAACCAGUAGUUUAAAAUAGAUGUAAAAUUAAUAAUUAAUUUUUAGCUGAUUCAUAAACCUUAGCUUAAUUUAAAAAAUCUUUAACAGGAAAUAUUGUAUUUUAUGAAUAGAAUUCCUAAAUUAAAGGUUUUUUUUAAUUAAAAAAAGAUCCAUAAUCUAAAAUGCUAGGUUUUGAAAAUUUUAUUUUCUGCUAAGAAAAAUUAUUGGCUACUCCUUGGAUUUUGGGAAUCGUUGUAAAAGUUGGAAAUAGUUGUUUUUGUUAUUCAAAAUUAUAAGGAACAUUAAGAUUUGAUAAUAAUUAAUACUUUGGAUUUUACUUUAUAAUUUGCUUAAUUAUGAUUGUAUUUGUUUAUAUCUAUAUUAGAUAUAAAUAAUUGCAUUUAAUUUAAAUGAAUACUUAUAUGAUCUAAGAUCAAUAACAUAAAUUAUAAUAGAUAAUUGUAUAUAUUUAAUUUUGAUGGUGCCACAUUUCUAUAAAAUUUAUUAUAAUAUAUGCAGUUUAUUUUAACUCAAAAUAAUUGGUAAUAUUGAUUAAAAAUAAAUUAUGUCAUGUCAUAUUGAUAAAUAUUUGGAUAAACAAUAUCUUACAAUUAGUGUAGAAGCAUUUAUAGAAUAAUCUUUUAAAUUGAAACGAAUUAUUUAUAAUAAUUAAUACUGUGAUUUUGAAGAACAAUAAUUUUUACAAUUUUUAGUAACAGCAGAAAAGAGUGUAAUUAUUAAAGAUUAAGGUAAGAUUACUAUUUAUAAUUUAUAGAAUAAGUAAAUAAUUAAUUAAAUUCUUAAGUCUUAAAUUAUGAUAUGUAGAGUUCGAGUUCAGAGAUUUUAUUUAGUUAAAGAGAAUGUUUUAUUAAUUAAAUGCCAAAAUCAGUUGAAGGAAGGUUUAUACAUUAUUAUUAAUAAGAUUAUAAAGAUGAUUUGAAUUUAAAUUAAGCUCAAUAAAUAAAUUAAGAAUAAAUAUAACAUGAUAAAAAUUUAUUUGAGAAUUAAGAGAUUGGAGAUCAUCUUACAGCUUAACGUUAAUCAAAUCAAUAAAAAAGUUCAAAAAUUUAUUAAUCAUCAAAAGAACCAUUAAAAUAAGAUAAAUAUUUAAUUGAUGAAAAUAGUUUAUACAUUUCUCUGAUGAAGAAUAAUUCAAAAAAUGAACUAAAUCCUUUAUUAUUAUAAUUAGCAUUAAAUCAUCUAGCAUUUUCAAAAUUAUUGAUCACUGAAAAAAAGGAGUAAAAGGUUAAAAAUAAAUUUCUUGGUUUACUUGAUUAAAAAUAAGUUAAUAUGGCUAAAAUUAUGGGAUAUGAAUUUAUUUGCGUAAAUAAUGUUUAGUAAAUUAUUGAUUAUAUAAAAUAGAUAAUAAUAAAAUUAUAUUUUAUAAAUCAACAAGGAACUUUAUUCUUUCAAAUUAGUUAAUACUAAAUUGCAUAUUCAAAAUCAAAGAUUAUAUAUGUUAUUUGAGAUAAAUGAUUUAUCUUAAGAAGCUGAUUAGCAAUUCAUUUUAUUUUUAAGAGAAGCUAAUGUUAGAAAAAAUGAAAGUAUUGAAGAUAAAGUAUUAAAACAUUAAUCUGACUCUCUACAUUAUAUAUACUAUUAUUAUUGUUUUUUAAGUUAGAAUGAAGCAAAUUUAUAUUUGUCUUCUGCAGAAAGUAAUACAUCAGAAAAUCAAUUAUAUACUCUUAUGGAACAGUUACUUAAAUUAAACAUUAUAUUUGGUUUAAGUUAUGAAUUAAAAUAAGAUUGUCAAGAAUUUAUGAAAAAUAUUAGAAAAUCAGAUUAUUAAUUAUUCAUUUAUACAUAAAAUUAAGAAAUAUCAGCUACCUCUAUUUUAUAUUAAUCUGAAUUGUUAUAGUAAAAUGAUUUAAUUUUUCAUUUUAAUUAAUAAAAUGAAGAAGAUUUAAGAGCUUAUUUUAAAUAAUGUUUGGAAGAAUUUUCUAAUUAAUUUUAAUAAGCUAGUAUUAACAGUUCUUAAUUCAUCAAAAUAUCAAAUCUUAGUUUUUCAAAGCCUAAUGAAACAGAUCAUAUUUUAAAAAAGAAAAGAACUAAAAAAGUUGUUGUAAUUUUGAAUAAUCAAACCUGUUAAUAAAUUAUGGAAAAUGUUUAUUUUUAAAAUCAUUUAAAAUUAUUACUAAAUUUUACUAAAGUUUUAUUCUUAUAUUAAGCAACUUAAGAUUCAUUAAAUAUUGUUUAAGAUGUUUGGUGUAUAUCAAAUAAAACUAUUAAUUUACUUUAUGAAAAUCAAAGUUUACUAAGAUGUAUUAAUGGAUGUUAACUUUAAAUGUUAUAAUUAUAAUCAUUUAGCUAAUUUACAGAUCAAAAAUUCACAAAAGUAGAUAAGAAUAAUUUCUUUAGAAAAUUGAGUUUAUCUCUAAGGUAAAGAUUAAUUUAUGAAAAAUGUUAUUUUAAUGAAUUAUAAAUAAAUUCAAAUACAGAUGUAAUUAUUUAAGGUUUCAAAGAGUUGGAUAGAUUAUUAUUUUUUCACAGUCCUUUAUUAAAAAUAUUGUUUAGAUCAUUAUAAUAAUAAACUAUUUAUAAAACAACUACAUUUCUAUCCUAUUUUACUUUUGCUUCAAUCCUUUAUACAUGGAAUACCUUAGAUUAAUAGGAUUAUUUGACUGAAAUAAUAUUCUAUUUUUAUAUCUACUAACUCUUUUUGUUUGGUAUAUAACAUUAUGCAUUUCUCAAUGAUUCAAAGAAGCUGUAAUAUAAUAAAGAUUAAUCUAUUUUACUUUAAAAAUACUCUCAAUAUAAAUCUGAAACUGAAAUAUAGAUUAUAAUGAUUCUUAAGAAUAUUAUGUAAGGAAUAAUUAUUUCAUGUCUAUUCAUAUAUGACAUUUAUUAAAGAGAAUAUUAUUUCUAUAUAUUUAUGUCAAUUAGUAUUAGUGAUUGGCUUUAUAUGAUCAUAAAUUUUGAACUAAAAUAAAAAAUAUUAGCAUGUUUUGUAUUUCCACUUCUUUUUUAUAUAUAUACACUUGCAGACGCAUCAGACAAUGAUGAAUAGUAAAUUUAAAUAAGUACAUAUGAGAUAUUUUCAAUAAUUUUAGCUGUAUCAUUUUUGCUAAUAACAAAUAUUUUAUCUGAUUAUUUAUAAGAUUUCAAUUUGAAUAAUAUACCUAAAAGAGAAGAACAAUUUUUAACUUAUAUAAAUUAUAUCAAUUAAAUUAGUGCUCCUUAAAAAAAAAAAAAGAGGGUAACUAUUUUGCAAAAUAAAGUUAAUGAUUUCUUUGAUAAUAUAGAAUAAGUUGAUUUGAGCAUAUAAAAAUGUAAAUAGAUUUUAUUAAGAUUUAGUAUUACUUAAUGAACCAAAUUAUUAAAGUAGAUUUGGGUAAUGGACAUAAGAAAUAUUUUAAAAGGCAUAAACAAUUUUAAAAUGGAAAUAGAAAUAAAAUGUUUAAUUUCUUUAAUUGCUAUUUUAUCAUAGUACCUUUUUAUUAAUUAUGUAUUUUUAUCAAGAUUAAAAUAAUUAUUACCUAAUAGAUUAUUUGUUAAUUUUUGGACUUCAAAUAAUUUUAUUUAUAGUUUUUACAUUUAUUCAAUUACCUACAAAUAGGUAGUAAUAUUUAGAGUAUGCAAAGUUUAUGAUUGCAACAGCAGCAACAGUAUCAAUUUUAUUUGCAUAAAAUAUUUAAGAAAAUAUAGGUUCAACUUUAGUAAUGUAAUAUUUUAUUGCAUAUUAAUUAUCCAUAAAAUUUCAUGCUAUUUAUGACUAUAGAAUUUAUUUGGGAUCUACUUUAAUAACAAUAAUAGGUUAUAUAGUAUGGUAUGCUAUUGAAAAUGAAUAAAAAGUAUCGUUUAUUAUAUAAAUUAUGUAAUUUAUAGUAAUAUUUUCUGCAUCAUAAUAUUUCAUUAAGAGUUAUGUAAAAUAUUAAGUUAAUAAAUUUUAGUAUUUAUAAUUAGAAGAAGAUUAGGCUUAAAAUAAAUUAAAUUUUAUAGAAUAAAAUAAUAAAAUAAAUGAUAUUUUGGGGAUAUUAUUGCCAAAAUUUAUAAGAGAUAGAUUAAAUGAAAGUAUUAUAAUAUAAUAAUAAUUUAGCUGAUUAGUAUAAUAUUCAUUAAAAUUAAGGUUUAGUAGCAAUAGUAUUUUGUGAUAUUUGUAAUUUUGAUUAAAUGGUAAUAGAAGAGAAGGAUAAAAUAAUACCUUUUUUAGAUGAUAUUUUUAGAACAUUCGAUAAAUAUUGUUAGAUAUAUGGAGUUUAAAAGAUAGAAACAGUUGGUAAAACUUAUUUAGCUUCCGCUGGAUUAAAGGCAUGUGAAUAAGAAUUAACAUAUUUAUCAUAAGUUGAUCCAGUUUAGAGAGCUUUAAAUUUAGCAGAAUAAAUGAUGAAUUAUAUUAGAUCGAAAUAGUAAGAAUAAAAAUAUAUUAUUUAUAGAUGGGGUAAUUAAGGAUAAUAGUUAGUAGGUAAAAUAGGAAUUCAUUAUGGAGGAGCUAUUAGUGGAGUUAUAGGUUAUCAUAAACCUUAAUUCUCUUUAAUUGGAGAUACUGUAAAUACUACAAGUAGAGUAUGUUCUACUGGAUUAGAAGAUACUAUUACAUUAUCAGAAUAAGCCUUUGAUUAAAUUAAAAAUGAAAAUAUUGAAUUCGAAAUUAGAAAUGUUGAAAUGAAAGGAUUAGGAAUAAGACCUACUUAUAUAUUCAAAUGUAAAAUUUAAAAUAAAGAUCAUACUUAUUCUAUAUAAUAAGAACAAGAAUUAUAAAGUAAAGAUGCUAGAAGCAAUUAUGUUGUUAGAAAGAAUCCAGAAAUAUUAAAAAAAAACUUAAAAAAAAGAAAAACUAUUUUAACUUAUAUUGAUACGAUGAAUUAAAGAAGAGAAUCUAUUUAAGAUUAAGUUAUUCAUAAUGUAUUUGGAAUCAAACCUACUGAUCCUGCAUUAUAUUAAUCUUAUGAUGAAAAAUCAUAAUAGUCACUUUAAUUAUUAUCUAAGUAAACUUCUGAAGAAUAAUAAAAAUAAUAAUAAUCAUUAUAAUAACCUAGUACACUCAAAAGAAUAGUAACAAUGCUCUAAAAUAGAUUUCAAUUAGAAAACUAUGAACCAGAAAUAGAUGAAAUGAUAGAUUACGAAUAAUUAUUGGUAUAUUUAUAUAAUUAAUAGAGAAUGUAAUUUUAUUAAAGAAUGAAUUUACUUUAGAACAUAAUUUAAUUAAAGAGACAUCAUUUCUUUAAUUAUUAGAGAUUUCAUACUACAAGAAAUAAAUGAAUUAGUUUAUUAGUUACGAUUAAUAUAUGGAAUUUGUUAAAGUUCAAUCUAAGAAUUAAACUAUUUAUAAUUUAAGGUUGUAUACCUUAUAUUAUAUUAUAAAACAAUUUUGUUAGAUAUAAUUCUACAAUGAUUAUAAUAUUGGAAUCAUUGUAUUGUAAUGGUUUUGUUGUAUUUUUAACCUAAUACAAUUUUUAGUGAAUAGAAAACCUUAUUUUGAUAAAUGGAAAAUUUUAAUUCAAGUAUUAUUGUUUUUUUAAGUUCUAUUGGCUGGUAUAGUUAUAGUUUUAGAAGAUAAUAAUGAAUUAAAGAAUGCUCAUGUCUACGAAAUUAUUUUUAUUUAAUGCAUUAUUUGUAGUAUUUAAAUUCUUAGUUUUUGGCUCAAAGUUUUAUUUUGUUUUUCUACCUUUUUUUAUUCAAUGAUAAUUAUAAUUAUAGAUGGAACAUAAUUAAUAAGCAUAUUUUUCCUGUUUGUAAGCUCAAUGUAUAAUUUGACUUUAAUAUUAUUUAUAGAAUAAUAAUAAGUAGGUUGUUUUAAUUAAAAAAACAUUUUUAAAACUUAAUAAUAAAAAGAAUCAUAACUUCUUUAAUAUUUAUUACCAAAACACAUUUUAAAUAAAUUUUUAGAUGAUAAAAUUAGUAAUAUUGGAAUUUGUGAUAAACUUGAUAAAUUAACAAUUUUAUUUGCAGAUAUAGCUGGUUUUACAGAAUAUUCUAGUAAAGUAAAGCCAGAAGAAGUAUUAGUAAUGUUAAAAAAUCUAUUUGUAGAAUUUGAUAGAAAAUGUUGUGAAUUAAAUGUUUAUAAAUUGUACACAAUAGGUGAUUGUUAUGUUGCAAUUGGAAUGAUUGAUUAUAAUAAUAGAAAUCCUCAUUAAGAAGCUAAAAAUAUAGUAGAUUUAGCUUUUGAAAUGAUUAAAAUAAUUGCAUAAGUGAGAAAACAAAUUAAUUUUGAUGGUCUUAAUAUGAGAAUAGGAAUACAUACUGGAUCAGUAUUUGGAGGAGUUAUGGGUACAGAUAUUGUUAGAUAUGAUAUUUAUGGACCAGAUGUAUUAAUUGCUAAUAAAAUGGAAUCAAAUGGACUGAAGGGAUUUGUACAUGUUAGUUAAGAAACAAAAACAUUUUUAGAAUAAGAUUAUGAUGAUCUUUUCAAUUUUGAGUUGCAUACAAAAAUUGAUCUAAAAACAAUUAAAAGAUAAAUUGAAGGAUUUCUGGUACAUAAAUUAGAAUAAGAUCAUUUUGAAUAAGAAGAUGAUUAAUUUUUGAGCUCUUGAUAUUAACAUUAUAACAG